UCGGAACGGACGCGCAUCUCGGGGACAGCAGCUGAUCUGCUCAACAGUGUAGCGCCUCGGCUAGCCGAUCGCUUCGACCCCCUGAUUCCCGUCUUCCUGCCAGCCUUGCUUCAACUCUGCGCGCGGACGAACAAGGUAGCGCUCAAGCGAGCUCAAAAGACGCUCCUGCUCAUCUGCGCAUACUGCCGUCUGCCUUCCUCCUUGCUGCCCUUCUUCCGCGAGGCGGCAAAAGACAAGGUACCCAGCUUGCGUGCAGUUGCGGUCGAGUGCACGCUCGCCUUGGUGAAUGGCAUGGGCGUCAACGGCAGCGAAAAGGAUCAGGAGAGGCUUGGCAGGAGGGGGGUCCCUGACGCUGUCGAGGCGAUCCUCCGGUCUGGAGCGACGGAUGCGAGCGUAGAAGUGAGGAGCCUUAGUAAAAAGCUUUUCGGAGCAUAUAUGGCGAGCAUGCCCGAGCGAGUGGAAGCGUGA